AAAGAUCCAUUCACAUUGAUUGUUGAGUUGGGUCCUCGUUUUUAAUUUUCACUUUUUCCAUGGUCAUACAGUUCCUAGAAACAUGUUAUGAGAAUUCUGGUGAUGCCACACACACACUUAUUAACUCUUGUGGUCAAGAAACAAACGCUUCCUUAAAUUAAAUUGCUUUCUUGAAAACAAAAACAAUUAACAUCGUGGGACUGUUGUGAUUUGGAAUUUGUGGGUUGCUGCACCUACUUCUGUGUUCAUCCUUCUUUGCUUUUAACAUUUUCUUUGACUUUUCUCUAGUUACUCCUUGGUUGGUUGGUGGUAACAAAGUUGAGGCAGGAAGAGACACUGUGAAAUUGAAAGCGGAAAUGGCUCAGAACGGAAGAGUGAUGCAAAAUUGUGUGUAUGCUUCUAAUCCCUACCAUGAAUGCACUGAAGCUUGUGUUCACAAGAGCAAGGACCCUAACUACAAGCCUCACAAGAACAGAAAGGGAUUUGAUUAUCGAAGAAGUGUUACUGAUGGUGAGCUUGGAAAAAAGAUGAAUGAAGAAAAACGCUCUCAAUCUGGUUGUCCUAAAGCAUCUAAUCCUUACCAUGUGUGUGAUGAAAAUUGCAACAAAAGAAGAGUGGCAGGAGCUGAUUCAGUUGCCAAUUCCUUAAGCUUUGGCAGGAAGAAGCAUGGAUCAAAACCAGAACUUCCUGUUCUUGACAGUGUUCCACCCUCGAAAAUUGGGGCUAUUUAUCUCUCUGAUGCUUCAUCACCCCUAUCAAGCUAUUCUGACUCUGGAAGGAAAAAGAUGGAAACAAAAAACAGUGAGAUAGUACCAGCUUCCGGAGAAAUACACGUCGCAGAUAUCAUGCCUGUUAAUCACAAAGUCCAACCGAAGGAUGAUGCUGAGGAAUUUGCCGACCCAAGACAGACAAAGAAAGAAGUGGACAAAAAUGGUUCAAACAAAGUUGUUCCAGUCACCUCUGUUGAUGAUACCGGGGGUCUUACUGCCUCAGCUGCUGCCAUGGACUUUGCUUUUUCUGCUACACACAAUGGUAAUGAAGAUAGUGAUGGAGAUGACACCGAGUCUGUGGUAUCUGAGUCCCGUGUUCCAGUUGGGAAGUACCAUGUCAAAGAGAGCUUUGCUCCCAUCCUGCUUUCCAUCUUUGAGAAGUAUGGAGACAUUGGAGAAACCUGCCACUUGGAAUCAGUUGUGAUGAGAUCAUAUUACAUUGAGUGUGUGUGUUUUCUUGUCCAAGAGUUGCAAUCUGCAUCAAUUAUGCAAUUAACAAAGUCCAAAGUCAAAGAGUUGAUGGCUAUUCUCAAGGAUGUAGAAUCUGCCCAACUUCGCGUUGCCUGGUUGCGUAGCAUACUCAAUGAAAUUGCUGAGAACAUUGAACACAUCAACGAGCAUCGCGCAGUGGAGGCAGAGAAGGCCAAAUCGAAUCACGAAGUGGAAUUGCUGAGGAAAGAGUUGGAGUCAGAAAUGGCAACUUUGGCUCAGAAAGAGCAAGAGGUAACUGAUCUUAAAACAAGAGUUGAGGAGAUGAGAGGGCGUUUGAGUGAGCUUGAGCUGAAGUCUUCUGAUCUGGACAAGAACAUGUCAUCUAUCAAGUCCAAGGUUGAUAAUUUGGAUAUCAAAUCCUUGCUAGAUCAACUAUUGUAAAUGCAAGAACUAAGAAAUUUGGUCUUUGAAGUGCACAUUUAGUAUUGAAUUGAUGGUUAACAGGGUAGGAUAUGUUACUGAAUAAACUAGCUUGGAGGUUACAUUUUCUAGCCAAGAUAGUAUUAAGUAGUAUGAAGAACAAUGAAUGCAUAUAAUGCAUAUUAACACA